AGAAGCCCACGCUUUGGGGAAAAAACACAAAACAAUAAAAAUUAAAAAGAAAAAAAAAAAAGCAGCAGAAAUUAAGGAGGGCCGAGUGCGAGUGGGCAGCGGCGAAGUCAGAGCCGCCCCGAGGGGGCGGGCGCGGGCGGCGGAGGUUAGCCUCCACACGGAAUUGGUGGCCGCCUCCCCUCUGCGCACGUUAGCCCCUCUCACCGCCCUAAGCGGCGCGGCGGCCAUCUUUUCUAGAUCUCCAUAUCAGCCGCUCUCUCCUCCCCUAACCCUAAAAAUUCCAACCAUUAUUAUUAUUAUUAUUAUUAUGCCUCCGCCUUUUUCCACCGCCACCGCCACCGCCGCCUCCUCCUCCUUCCACCGCCUCAAUCAGCCUGCCUCUUCUCUCCUUCUCCUAAUCUCGUCGUUCUCCUCCUGUUUUCUUUUCUUUAUCCUUCACUUUUGCUUCCAUGGCUGAGUCUCUGUCUAUGGUUCAGGAUGAGUUCGCCACUUUCUCGCCCCCUUCCAAGCCUUCCUCCUCCUCCCGUCGCCUUCCCCCGCCGUGCUGGUCUCACGACGAGACGGUGGCGCUGAUUGAUUCGUAUCGUGACAAGUGGUAUUCCCUGCGGCGGGGGAAUCUGAGGGCGAACCACUGGCAGGAGGUUGCCGAUGCAGUUGCUGCCAGAUCCGCAGGCAGCCCGCCGAAGACUGCCGUGCAGUGCCGUCACAAGAUGGAGAAGCUCCGGAAACGCUAUCGCACGGAGGUCCAGCGCGCCGCUUCGGUUCCGAACGGCCACCGUUUCGCCUCCUCAUGGGUUCACUUCAAGCGCAUGGACUCGAUGGAGAAGGGAACCUCUUUGGCCGCCGCCGUUGAGUCAAGCCACGACGCCGAUGACGACGAGAACGAUGACCCGGACGAGGAGGAGGAUUUGUAUCAGAGCGUCAAGCGCGGCGGCAGUUCGUACGAUCGAGGUGCUGGUGCGCCGAUGAGUAACGGGAUCGGCAGCGGCGCCGGGAGCGGGUUCCGGAUCAGAAUUCCCGGCCGCUGGGGCGGAGUUCCACCGCAUGGGACGAAGACUUAUAACGGAAAAUUUUAUCCCGACGUUUCCCCUAACCCUAGCCCUAAUAUUUUGACUACAAGGGUUGUGAGGGAUGGGUUUUCCGUGAAAAGAGAUGCCUCAGGUCGUUCCGGACGAGGGGGAAAGAAAAGAGAAGGGUCACCUGUGGGGGAGAUGGCUUGCGCAAUCAAGGCGUUGGGAGAUGGAUUUAUGAGGAUGGAGAGGAUGAAGAUGGAUAUGGCAAGGGAGAUCGAGUCGAUGCGGAUGGAGAUGGAGUUGAAGAGGACCGAGAUGAUCCUUGAGUCGCAGCAUCAGAUUGUUGAGGCUUUUGCAAAGGCAUUUUCAGAGAGGGAAAGCAAGAAACUAAAGAGGAUGCCUACUCCAGAAUCUUGACUUGGGGUUUGGGGUGGCCAUUAGAACAAAGUAGGUCUUUUGAUUGGGGUUCUCGUCAGUUGCCUUCUUCCUGGGAGCUGUGGAAAUAGCCUCUGAAUUCGUCAAAUUAGGUUCAAAGCUUCUGCUCCCCCAAACUAGCACUUGUAAGUUUGUAGUUAGAUUUUCACGUUUAGUUCUCUCCUAUGUAGCUUUUCUUGCAUUAAUGAUUUAGAGUGACCGUGUAAUUCAAACAUCAAGUUAGCAGUAGCUUGUUUUUGUUGAAUGUGGGUUUAAUUGAACGUUUCACAUUUAACUGCAUGAAAAUAUUCUGUUUGUCUUGAAUUCAA